UGCGGAGCGGAAGCGACGCGCGAGUGCUUCCGGCCGGCGGCAAGAUGGCGGCAGGGGCGGUGGAGUUGCAGCGGCUGCAGUGGCGCUUGGAGGAGGUGGAGCAGCGCAUCGGUGUCGGCGAUGGGGCUUCCGGAACGCGCAAGGUGGCGGAUGAGCUGGUGAAGGUGCAGGUGGCGCUGAACAAUAUCGCCAGCAAGAGGGAGAGGAUCAAAAUCCUGUUUAAGAAAAUUGAAGAUGUAAUAAAAUACCUUGACCCUCAGUACAUUGAUCGUAUGGCUAUUCCAGACACCAUAAAGCUGCAGUUCAUCUUGGCAGAGGAGCAGCUGAUUCCUUCCAGAGCAGCCCUUCUGGAGCAGGUGAAGAACCUUCAGCCCGUCUUGGACAGUACCAGUAUCCAAGCGGUUCCUGACCAUGCAGCCAAACUACAGCGACUGUCUCAAAUCCACAUACAGCAGCAGGAACAGCGUCACCACCUCACUGAUAGUGUCAAGACACUCCUUGAAGACUACAACAAGAUGACCCUGCUUCUCUCCAAGCAGUUUGUCCAGUGGAAUGAAAUACUGACUCAGCUGGAAACUGCCAAGGAAGCCAAACCCGUGGCAGAGUAAUGGGCAUCCCAGGAGCACUGAGAACCCAGGGGACCCUGCUGGCCUUUGGUCUCUCUGGAGAGGCUGCAGCACUGCUUCCACCCCACAGAUAUCUGCCUCUUCCCACUUGGUGUGAGCAUGCUGUCAAUGACACUGCAGGCGCACAGGGUCACCCCGGCUCUGUGGCCAAGCUCUGUCAGCUCCAACAUGAGCCACGCUAAUAUCACAGUUCGCAAGUCUUCCCUGAAACACCUUUUGUUUUUUAACAUACUUUAAAAUCCCUUUCUGCUGUACUGUGAAUUGUAGUAAAGUACUGAAACACUGA